AUGUGUUUUACGGAGGUUGUAAUGAAGUAUUUUGGAGGAAGGGAAAUAUCACAGGAAGAUUUGGAAAGAGCUUUGCUAGUUGGAAUGAGUCCUCAUGAGAGACGACGCCUUGAGAAAAAGAGAGGGUUGUCAUUUAAGCAUUCUACGAGUAUCAUUCCAGACAAGGAUCCGGAGAAGAAUAAUGGUAGUGGGACAACUUCUACCCUUCAAAAUACAUCGAAUGGUGAUAAUGCAAAUGGUUUAUUCACAAGUAAUGGAGUGACAUGUACCAAAGAAGACUGUAGCGACCUUCUAUUAGUAGCAAAUGUGGAUGUAAGCAACCGUACAUCUUCUGAUUUUGGGCUUAAUGAGGAGGCCUAUGCCGCUGUUAGCAUGGAUAUGAACUCAAAUACUUUGGAUUCUGAUUUGAAUUCAGAAAAUAGAAAUUUAUCAAAUGGAGCACUUGACUUCGUUCACCCUAGUUCUAAUACAACCUUUUCAACUAAACGUGAUUCGAAGUUAUCGCUAUUGGGACAUGGACCACAUGGGAAACAAGUUGUAGAUCAUCUGCUUAAGGAAUGUGGGGAGGAAGGGAUUCGCCAAUUUUGCCAGAGAUGGAGACAAGUUUUUGUUGAAGCCAUUCAUCCUCGUUUCUUACCUGCUGGCUGGGACAUAAUGCACAGUGGUAGAAGAGAAUUCGGUGAGUUCAGUGUAUAUAAUCCUGCAAAGAAGGCUGCUGAUGCCAAGGAUGUUGUAAUGAAGUAUUUUGGAGGAAGGGAAAUAUCACAGGAAGAUUUGGAAAGAGCUUUGCUAGUUGGAAUGAGUCCUCAUGAGAGACGACGCCUUGAGAAAAAGAGAGGGUUGUCAUUUAAGCAUUCUACGAGUAUCAUUCCAGACAAGGAUCCGGAGAAGAAUAAUGACAAGGAUCCGGAGAAGAAUAAUGGUAGAGGGACAACUUCUACCCUUCAAAAUACAUCAAAUGGUGAUAAUGCAAAUGGUUUAUUCACAAGUAAUGGAGUGACAUGUACCAAAGAAGACUGUAGCGACCUUCUAUUAGUAGCAAAUGUGGAUGUAAGCAACCGUACAUCUUCUGAUUUUGGGCUUAAUGAGGAGGCCUAUGCCGCUGAUAGCAUGGAUAUGAACUCAAAUACUUUGGAUUCUGAUUUGAAUUCAGAAAAUAGAAAUUUAUCAAAUGGAGCACUUGACUUCGUUCACCCUAGUUCUAAUACAACCUUUUCAACUAAACGUGAUUCGAAGUUAUCGCUAUUGGGACAUGGACCACAUGGGAAACAAUUAUCGCUAUUGGGACAUGGACCACAUGGGAAACAAGUUGUGGAUCAUCUGCUUAAGGAAUGUGGGGAGGAAGGGAUUCGCCAAUUUUGCCAGAGAUGGAGACAAGUUUUUGUUGAAGCCAUUCAUCCUCGUUUCUUACCUGCUGGCUGGGACAUAAUGCACAGUGGUAGAAGAGAAUUCGGUGAGUUCAGUGUAUAUAAUCCUGCAAAGAAGGCUGCUGAUGCCAAGGAUGUGUAG